UGGAAGGAGGUAGGCUUCCUGUUCCGGUGCUGCUUGUCCCUCACGGUUCUGAUGGGGCGCUUGGCUCGUUACAUCCUCGUCUUCGGCGGCUUCGCCAGCGCGGUGGGGCUGGCCCUCUACCCCAUCUACUUCUACCCCCUCACCCACCUGGGGGACUACAAAAAGACACAAACAAUAAAUCGAGCCGGCAUUGUCCAAGAAGAUGUACAGCCUCCAGGAUUAAAAGUGUGGUCUGAUCCAUUUGGAAGAAAAUAAAACCUCUCUGGGUGAGAUCUUGAAGAUGUGUGGAUUCUCCCUUUUUCCAUCCAUGAUACUCCAAGUUCUUUCUGUCAGCUGAAAUAAUGUAAAAAAGGGGUUUGUUGUGUUGGUUUGCAUCCAUGUAUAUAGACUCAUAGUCGUUGCUAAUUUUCAAAUGUUCUCUCUGAGUGAUCUAGACAUGACAAAGAGAAUGUUUUCUGUUAAAUAAAUGGAAUAAUUGUGUUUUCCUUUAUUGAAAGAAUGAAUAAUUGUUUUGAUCUACACAGAUUAUGUAACUGAUGUCUCUCUAAAAUAUGCCCUGAAUAAUAAAAUAUAUUAUUUAUUAUAAAAAAAAAGAAACUUGAUUCUAAAAUUGUAAGAAAUUGUGCCUUUUUAUAAUGUCCUACUACAAAUAGGAUAUGGUGUUCAGUAUUUUAGCUCUUUAAAUGAAAACAUGGACCUGAUGAAAAGAGUGCUUACUUCUGAAAAAGAAGCAUAUUGUAAUUUUAGGCUUCAAGAAGGGGAUAGAUUUUCACUUAUUUUUCUCUUUAGGAGGAGAAAAAUGGAUUCAGUUUCUAAUUAAAACAAUACCAUUUUGGGCUUAGGCUUUUUAAAAUUAAUUUUUGAAUUAAGAGAACAUGAAUUUGUACAUUUUCUGUUAAAAAUAAAAAUAACAUGUGCAAUA